GGAGCUGAACAUUGCCCGUGCAAGACGAUCCCUGGCGACUUCCUCUCGUGCGCUGCGGUAGUCCGUUUUCGUUCACGGGGCAUGCGCAUCCGACCGUCAGCGAAUGGCGCCACGUGGCCAGCAGAAGGCAAAACGUCCACACGGUGGUUCCGGCGAAGCGGGUGCAGGGCAAACAGGAAGGGGCCACAUCCCAAAGUCGAAGAAGCUCCGCGCGGGAGACGGGUCGGAAGGAGAGAUGGGGGGUGACGGGGGAGAGGAGGAGACGCCAAUGGACAUCACUUCUAAAGGGACGCCUGUGCUCGGGUUCGGGCGUGACUGUAUGAGCAGGCAGCGUAUGCUUGCGCUCACCAACCUUGGCGUCCCGACGUCCACGAGCGGCGGCGGUGGCGGGACGGCUCGUGCGCAAGGAGUUUCGCCCGGUGACAUUCCGCCGCAGAGGGCCGUGGGUUCUGCAUCCACCAUCGCAUCUGUGUCCGGGGGCGGCGAAAAAGCUCCGGUAGGUGAGUCUCCAUCGCGCCACGUGGAGGCGUCAAACCCGACGAUCGUCGCCGCUUCACCGAGGGAUGUGCUUCAAUCCGUGCAAGCAGCGAGCGCCGCUGGCCAUGCCGCCGCCCUCGGUGUUGGAGAAAGGCGAGAAGAUAGGAGGGUGGAAGAGGCGAGGAGAAAACAGGAGAGGAGGGAGGAGACUCCCGCUCCACAAGGCCUCAUGAUGCCGCCCCCCGAAGUCCCGCGUGUGCGGAUCGAAGAUGGCGCACAACGAGAGCCAGCUCUCAAACGGGCGAGACGAACGGAGAACGUGGCAAUGCGCGUCAUCCACGGGUGGAUAUUCAGGUCGUCUUCAAGGUUCGAUGGUUUCGCCCACGCGAAGUCCUACGUCGCCACAGAUUACCCCACUGACCUGGCAAGAGCAGUUUGGCAGAGCUUUGAGUGGUCGAGGAUAGUGCCUCCCGCCGUAGUGUACCACACAGUCGCUUUGAAGAUGGACAUCCCAGUGUGGUUCGCCGGGGCAUAUAUCGAGAACAGGCCGGAGGACGAUGACAUGGCCGCGCACCAGGAGGCGACUGUGAUGCAUAUUGUGUCAUGCUUCCACGACGCGCUCCGGGCCGGGCAGUGGUGGGACGGCGGUAGAUUGUCACACCAGAGACUGAGCAGAAUCGGGGAUGCUUUCCGCCUGCUUCUCGCCGCGUGCAUGUGGAUCAUGCGCAUGGGAGGCGACGAUGCGCGCUCCUACGACGAGGCGUCUUACUACGCGCAGCUGGUGGUGAAGCCGACUCUCGUGGCGGCGUGUUCAUCGUCCUUCAACUGGCGCCGCCAUGUGAUGCACUCGGCGAACGUGGUCUUGACUCGCCUGCGGAAGCCACCCUUGACGCUGGGCGCUUUCCCUGACUACAUCCCGGAGUGGGCUUCGUGCGGUAUAACUGCAACGCUGGUCUGGCGGACCCUGACGUCGCGGCGAGAGAGGACUGGAUGGGGACGGGACCUUUUGAAGCCGAUCGGAAGGAGGAUGGUACAGAUGACGAAACGGGAGCGUAAGUGUCCUCGAUAUGGCCGUCUUGCGUGACAAGGAAGAAGGUAUCGCCCAUGUAGUGCAGCGGUCCGUC